AUGAGAUUAAUCUAUUUAUUCUCUGUUUUGCUAUUUCUUUAUGUAAAUCUAGUCUCAUCUCAAAGACAAUGUUCGGAGAAGCGUUUUCAAGGAGACAAUAUGGUGUGUACAUGCAAUGCAACAUAUUGUGAUGAUGUACCAAAAAUACCAAAACUCGAUCGAUUCACCGCCGCAAUUAUCACUUCGAGUCUUACUGGGCACCGUUUUGCAACGAAAAAGAACACAUUCGAGCCAAAAAGAAAAUCGGCAAAAAGGAAUGAUGUUAUUAGAAUCCGAGUUGAUCCCCGUACAUUCUAUCAAGAGAUUUAUGGAUUCGGAGGCGCGUUCACUGAUGCUGCCGGGAUCAAUUUGGCUUCACUUUCUGUGGAAUCGAGAGGAAAACUAUUGGAAGCAUUCUUCUCAAAAGAAAAUGGAAUUGGUUACACUUUUGGAAGAGUGCCAAUGGCAAGUACUGACUUUGGGACUCGUGAAUACUCUUAUGUUGAUCAAAAAGAUGAUUUUGAAUUGAAAACAUUCGCUCUGCAAGAUGAAGAUAUUAAAUAUAAAAUUCCUUUCAUUUUACAAGCCCAGAAUAUAACCGGAGGAACAUUGAGAUUGUUCUCUUCUCCAUGGUCAGCUCCAGGUUGGAUGAAGACAAAUAAUCGAAUGAUUGGUGGAGCUCCAUUAAAGGGAGACCUCAAUAGUACGUACUAUGUUUCGUGGGCAAACUAUUUUGUGAAAUUUUUUGAAAAGUAUGCGGAUCAAGGUGUCCACUAUUGGGGUUUGACAAUGCAGAAUGAACCGACAUCGGGGAUAAAUCCUGAUUACACAUGGCAGACUAUGUAUUUCAAUGCAUUCAUGCAAAGAGAAUUCCUUGUGAAUCAUCUUGGCCCAGCUCUUCAGAAAAAUCCAUUAACGAAAGGAUUAAAAGUGAUGGUUUUGGAUGAUGAUAGACCACAAUUGCCUUCAUGGGCUGAUGAGAUUUGGUCAGAUCCACUAGCUGAUCAAUUUGCUCAUGGAAUUGGCAUCCACUGGUACAUGGAUACGUUUGCAAGAGCUGAGCUACUUACCGAGACGGCGAUACGUCACCCAAAUAAAUUUAUCUUGGCAACAGAAGCUUGUUCCGGCUUUUUGGGCAUUCAUGGUCCGAUUCUCGGUGAUUGGGGAAGAGCCGAAAGCUAUGCAGCCGAUAUCAUUGAUGAUUUAAACAACUUUGUUGUUGGUUGGGUCGAUUGGAAUCUUUGUCUUGAUACGAAUGGAGGACCGACUUUUGUGGGAAAUUUCGCUGAUUCGCCGAUUCUCGUCAACGCGAGUGCAGAUGUGUUCUAUAAACAACCAAUCUAUUAUGCAAUGGGGCAUUUCAGUGCCUGGAUCCCGGUUGGUUCUGAUCGAAUCAAAUCGACAUCUUAUGGAAAUGAUGGAUCAUUGAAGUUCUCAGCUUUCACUCAUCGCUCAAGGAGGACACUUGUGAUCUUGAAUAGAGGUGACGCUCCAAAAUCGAUCGCAAUCGAAGACGCUUUGAUGCCCGAAAGAAUAUUGACUGCUGAAUUAGAAGGGCACAGUAUAACAACUAUUUUAUGGCAUAAAGCA